GCGGGAGGCUCCAUCGGGCCGGGGAGGGUCGCGGUCUGUCCCCGAGUUGAGAACGGGCUGCAGGCUGCCCUGGACCUGCUUCCUGUGGCCCGUGGCUGUUUAUGCGAGAGGGGAUUAACUGUGAACGGCUCAAUGUGUCUGGGCCUGGAGGCCUCGGCCUCGAUUUGUGGCGUGGCCGCUUCCAAGAUGGGGAUGAGGGGAAAACAAGAGUCAGGCAAGAUGCUACUUAGAUAGGAAGAGCACACUGGUUUAGCAGCGUUGUUGAUGGUGGUUAAAAAAUUUAACCACACACAGCUUCAGCCCUGAUGCUGUGAAUAAGAUGUCAGGGGACUCUCCUUAUCUCCUGAUAACCGUCUUGAAUCGUGUUGCCUAGUGUUGCAGAUGAUCAGAUAACUGGCAUGAAACCUCCAUGUAUAGGCUGCUUUCAUAUUUUACACAAGUUUUGCGUCAACUAGGGAAGACUCUUCCUGUACAAAGUCAGCUAGAAAGUUUGGUAGCUGAAAGCCAAAGCAUUUCCUCCUCGUUUUCUAUUACAUAUUUUCAACUUGUUCAUCCCUCCUCGGCACGUUUGGCUGUGAACAGCUACUGGCUGCCAACAGAGCAAGGUGUGAGGCGCUGUGCGUUCAGCCCAGUCUUGGUGACAUUCUCUUGGGCUCCAAGUUGCACGUUUUUAAUACCAAAGGCCAAAAUGCCAGAGCAGCGAUAUUGUGUGGACUAUGCGAAGCGUGGCACAGCUGGCUGCAGAAAGUGCAGGGAGAAACUCCCAAAGGGAUCAGUGCGGAUCGGAAGGAUUGUGCCAAACCCCUUUUCUGAGGGAGCCGAGAUGAAGGAGUGGUAUCACAUUAAAUGCAUGUUCGAGAAGCUGGAAAGAGCCCGACUAAGUACCAAGAAAAUUGACGACUUAACUGAUCUGGAAGGUUAUGAAGAACUUCAGGAUCCUGAGAGAGAUUUGAUCAACCAACAUAUCAAAGAGCUUGCGGUCAAGAAUGGCUUGUUAUCUUCCAAAGUCAAGCCCUCCCAAAGUAACCCGACCGCAGCCACUCCAUCGCCUCGUAAAUUCUCUGGCUUCUCUGCUAAAGCAGGAUCCCUUGGAGAAGAACCCUCUACCUCCAAAAGUGCACUGUCAUUUGGAGCAUGUGACCCCAACCAUAAGGAUUGUUCCUUGCGCGAAUUCCGUAAACUGUGUGCCAAUAUUGCAGAUAAACCAAGCUAUAAUAUUAAAACGCAGAUCAUACAAGACUUUCUGAAGAAGGGCACUGGUGGAGAUGGUAAAUUCCAUGGAGAUGUAUAUCUGACUGUAAAGCUACUUUUGCCAGGUGUGGUGAAAACAGUUUAUAACCUGAAUGACAAACAGAUAGUCAAACUGUUCAGCAGAAUAUUUAACUGCAACCUUGAUGACAUGGUUCGAGACUUAGAACAGGGUGAUGUCUCUGAGACCGUGCGCAUCUUUUUUGAACAGAGUCAAAGCUUCCCCCCUGCACAUAAGAGUGUCAUGACAAUUCAAGAUGUUGAUGCAGCUCUCACCCAGCUUUCUAAAAUGACCAGGGAAGAAGAUCAACAGAAGGAGCUGCAGGAUAUUGCUUCGAAAUGCACGGCUAAUGACUUGAAAUGUAUUAUCAGGUUGAUUAAACACGACCUACGGAUGAAUUCUGGUGCAAAGCAUGUGUUGGAUGCUCUAGAUCCUAAUGCUUAUGAUGCAUUCAAAGCUUCCCGUAAUUUGCAAGAUGUGGUUGACCGUGUACUGCAGAAUCAACAAGAGUCUGAGCGGAUCCCAGGAAUGAAGAAAACACUCUGCAUUAAGGCCACCCUUUUAACCCCAAUACAGCCAAUGCUGGCUGAAGCCUGUAAAUCAAUUGAAUAUGCUAUGAAGAAAUGUCCAAAUGGAAUGUAUGCAGAGAUCAAAUAUGAUGGUGAGAGAGUUCAAGUACACAAGAAUGGAGACACCUUCCAAUACUACAGCAGAAGCCUGAAACCAGUGUUACCACAUAAAGUUGCCCAUUUUAAGGAUUAUAUUCCCAAAGCUUUUGCUGGUGGUGAUAGUAUGAUUUUGGAUUCUGAAGUUCUGCUGAUUGACACAGUCAGUGGAAAGCCACUUCCUUUUGGAACACUGGGUGUCCAUAAGAAACUUGCCUUCAAGGAUGCUAACGUUUGUCUUUUUGUCUUUGACUGCAUUUAUUUUAAUGGAGUCAGUCUCAUGAAUAGACCGAUUAGUGAGCGAAAGCAAUUCCUUCAUGAUAACAUGGUUGAAAUCCCAAACAGGAUCAUGUUUUCGGAAAUGAAGCACGUAACAAGGGCCUCAGAUCUGGGAGAAAUGAUCAAUCGAGUUAUCAAGGAGGGACUUGAAGGACUGGUACUGAAAGAUGUUAAGAGUCUCUAUGAACCAGGCAAACGUCAUUGGUUAAAAGUAAAAAAAGACUAUCUCAAUGAAGGUGCGAUGGCUGAUUCAGCAGACCUUGUUGUGCUGGGAGCUUUCUAUGGGCAAGGGAAUAAAGGUGGGAUGAUGUCUAUCUUCUUGAUGGGCUGUUAUGAUCCCAAUACAUCACAAUGGUGUACCGUGACCAAAUGUGGAGGUGGCCAUGAUGAUGCAACCCUGGCACGAUUACAGAAUGAACUCGACAUGGUGAAAAUAAGCAAGGAUCCAAGUAAGGUGCCAAGUUGGUUAAAUGUCAGCAAGAAUUACAUACCUGACUUUAUUGUUCGAGAUCCAAAGAAAGCACCAGUUUGGGAAAUCACUGGAGCAGAAUUCUCUAAAUCAGAAGCUCACUCUGCUGACGGGAUAUCAAUCCGGUUCCCGAGGUGCACCCAAAUCCGUGAUGAUAAAGACUGGAAAACUGCAACCAACCUUCUUCAGCUGAAGGACUUGUACAAAGCUUCUAAAAUGACUGAAGGUGCUGAUGUUGUGGUAGUUCCUGAGAAGGAUGAUGAUGAAUGGCCUUCAGGUGGUUCUGGGACUUCUGAUGUGUCAUCGAAACAGACCCCACGUAGUUCAGUCCCUCCCUCCAAAUCACCUGGGAAGAAAAUUAAGAGUGAUGGAGGUAACAGAACCUCCCAUAAAUCGCCGCCUGAAAGUUCAGCAAGAAAGGCAAUGAAGAGAAAGUUGCCAGUAGCAGAGCAGAAUGGAAAGAAGAUCAAGUUGUCCAUAACUGAAAAGAGUAAUGGCUCUUUGCUUUCAAGUCCAUCCACGUCAUCUUCUCCGAACCAGACUUUACUGGACAUAUUUACAGGGGUAAAACUUUAUUUGCCUGCAUCAGCGCAAGACUUCAACAGAAUCUGCCGGUACUUCAUUGCGUAUGAUGGUGACCUGGUUAAAGAGUACGACAUAGCUACAGCAACGCACCUGAUUGGUGAAGUGAAGGAAAAUACAUUUGCCAAACGUGUCUCAGUGAAUUGGAUAUGGGAGUGUAUCAAGAAAAGGCGGCUGGUUCCACCAUUCUGAAAAGUUGCAUUCAAAACAACUCAAAAGGAUAAAACUCUUAAGUUUGAGAUCACCUACUUUUCUGAGAGAUUUUAGAUUUAUAAUCUGCAUCAAGGAAACGAAUGAUAUUAGACAUUGGAAUUCUGAGCGUGUGUCAGGUAUACAACUUGAGACUUGCAUUUGUAAGACAGCCUAUGGAAAGAGGUUCUGCAGGUGCAUUUCUGUCACGUGCUUCUGUUUUUUUUUGAUAUGCCUAACAAUUUCUGCACUGUGGUGCUACACCUGACUCUCUUCAAGGCUAUGAAAGUGUGCAUUCCUGUCCUCAGAUCUAAUGGGAACCUAACUUGCAGAACAGUUGUGGAGAGCCAGUUUCUUGAGUGGUGAUUGACAUUUAACCUGGAGUUGUAUUGAUUUCCUACAAGUAAUAAAAUUAAUGUUUUUGUUCAUGUAUGGUUGAAAUCUAUAGUGCAUCAACUUAAAAGUAAAAUCUCAAAAUAAUUGCAAAUGCUGGAAAUCAGAAACAAAAAUAGCAAAUGCUGGAAAAACUUAGCAGGGGAAGGAACAUCUGUGGGCGACAAAAUGUCAGGUCCUUUGAUCCUUUGUUGUAGAUCCAAAAUAUUAACUGCUUUUCUUUGUACAUUUGCCUGACAAGCUGAGUUUUACCAGCAUUUUUUUGUUUUUGUUUCAAUUUAAACAUAAUAUUUGCAAAUGCCUUUUUCUCUAACUUGACCUCUUUAUUCUUGAGCUUAUGCUGCAAAAUUUACAGGGGACAAAUAUUUGUGGUGAAAUAUAAAGAUAUAUUUCCUCUGAUGCACAGUAAUUGCAGAAUCAGUGUGUCACUGAGGCACUUAAGUUAAAGUUACAUCAAAGUUCUGUUCUCAGCCAAAUGAUAAAUGGAUGUCAACAUCCAUGAGACCAUUGUUCUCCACUGGUGCCAUUCUCUUAUGUGAAUGUCCACACAAAAGAUGUUGUGUUCUUGCUUCCAUAAUGAGGAUAGUUAUUUGGACAAAGCUUUGAUGCAAAUCUAAAUAAUUUCUCCAAUUCCUUUCUAGUUUUUUUUGUUAUAUGCAAUACUUCCUACAUCAUUAUUUCCAUGAAGUGGCCAGGUGAGGGUUUGGAAUGCUGCUGCAGUUUCCACAAUGAUGUUACCUGACCUGUCAGAGAUCUCCUCAAAUCUUUACAAACACUUUGGAUGUUUUUAAAACCUAGUCUUUUGGCGUUAUAUUUUCUCCUUGCCUCUUCCCAUCUUGCAUCUUAGCAAGACGUAAAGUCGUGAGAGGACAAUUCAUUUCUUCUUUGGGGAAAUGUCCAGUUUUCUCAUUUAACUAUGAUUUUUUUUUGUAUCUAAAGAGUUUAUAAAAUAGGAAUGAUUCAUUUGUCGCAAUAUGAAUUAUGUCUUCAUUAACUUUGACAUAUUGAAAAUGUUUUUUGGAUUUCUCAGACUUCAUUUAAUUACUUUUUUUCCAGCUUUUGUAUUGUUCUGUAGAUCAUGUUGUGAAGAAUUGAUGUUGAUACAUCA